UGGCAACAACAAAGGAAACGGGCUAAACCGGUGCCCGAUUGUACUCUUCCUAUUACCGAUGCAAAUCAAAUUAACCAAAGAACCUAAAGGUACAACCCUAAUCAGCACAGAAAAAAUAAUUCUGAACGCCUGAAUAUCGCUGAGGCCGACGAGCUCGACCCCGUCUCGUCGUCGAUCAACUUACGUCACCGUUCAUAGCUGCCGGAACCCUAGUAUAAUCGACAUGGUCGAGGUUGAGGCUUCUACACCUGAUCUCAACGACAAAGCCUCAUCUCCUCACCACACAAUGACAAUGGUGCCUACUGAAGGAGAAUUUUCAAUAGGAAAGAGGAAGGAUCAAGGUAUUAGUGAACCUGAAGGGAGUAGAAAAAAGAAGAAAAAACAAGUAGCCACUCCUCGUCCUGCUUGCUCUUGGGUGCACUUCAGCCGUGACUUUAUUAAAGAGUAUAGUGCUACACAUCCUGAAUCUUCAGGCCUGAAAGUUGCCACAAAGGCAGCAUCAGAUGCAUGGAAGCUGAUGGGUCCUGAGGAGAAGGCAAAGUACACUACUCGUGCUCGUGAAGUGUGGGAUAAGUACCUGAGCUCAGCACCUGCCCGUGCUCCUAAGCCAAGAAGACAGACCAAACUAGUCACAAGGUGUUCCCCCGGCCGUCUACUAAAUGUCUUACAAAGGCUCACACCUGACCAGAAGGAAGCUGUAAAGAGCAUGGGUUUUGGUAGCAUCCUUGGCCUCAGAUGUCGGACUCUUCGAAGAAGCUUGUGUCUUUGGCUAUUGGAGAGGUUCAAUACUGUAAGACGUAGCUUGGAAAUCUGUGGUGAGAGGAUACCCUUAACUCCAAGGGAUGUGGAACUUGUAAUGGGUUUGCCUGCCAGUGGAAAAGAUGUGGUUAACUCAGGGUCUGAUGAAUUGAUUUUACAGUUACGUAAACGAUACAAUGCCACCAAUCGUGGGAUUUCUGUCCGUCUUCUGGAGGAACGACUUGCAGCUCCAGAAGCUGGGGAGGAUUUCAAAAGGUCAUUCGUACUUUAUGUAAUGGGCACUCUUUUGUGCCCAACUGCAAGGCUUGACGUAAGCCCUUCUUUCCUCCAUUUUUUGACAAAUAUGGAUGUACUCCAUCAAUAUAAUUGGGGGAAGUUCUUGCUUGACCGGCUAGUGCGGGAGAUAUCUCGUUUUCGUCAAGGAAAGCAGCGUGCAGUUGGGGGCUGUCUUUUGUUUCUCCAGCUCUUUUACUAUGAGAGUGUUGCUGUUGGAGCAGCAUAUGAAUCAGCCCCUGUAGCUUUCCCUUGCUUAUUCUCAUGGGGUGAGGAGGAGAUUAGUGAGAGAGAAAAGCAAGAGAAGGAACUUGGUGGUUAUGGCUCAGGGGAGGUAGUCUGCAUGGACAGAGGACUUGGGAUGGGGUCAUUGGGAUACAAAGCCCAAACUGACAGUAUGCCGCUGAGAGCAGUGGAACCAAUGCAAGAGAUUUCUCAUGCACAGGACAUGGAAGAUCAAGAGUAUGAGGAUACCUUCACAGAACAGGAACAUCCACACACAGAUAGCAUAGAGGGGAAUGUAGUCUGUGCAGAGAUUGAAGUAGUUGCUGGUUCAGGACCAGUACCAUGCGGAAACAUCAAGUAUGGAUGCACAGAAAUUGUUGACUACUCAAAGAAAAGAGAUCACGAAGACGCCUGCCCUUAUGCACCAUGCCCAUGCCCUCUCCAGAACUGUAAAUUUGUUGAUUCCUCCAAGCAACUCUCAUCGCAUUUCAGCAGUAAGCACUGUGAUUCAGGAAGGCACUUCCAGUAUGAUUGCCCAUUGCCUAUCUCGUUGAGCAAGAAGGAAACUUUCCUUGUUUUACAAGCAGAAAAAGAUGGGGUCCUCUUUCUUCUUUCCAAGGGAACACAAAGUAUAGGGCAUACCAUUGUGAUUACUUGUAUCGGUCCAAGCUCAUCAAAGGAAUGCUUCUUGUAUGAUGUUGUAUCAGAAAGAGGAAGCAGUUCACUGAGAUUGAAAUCAUCUGCUCAUAGUUUUCCAGGUAGAUUUCAUGGUUUGCCCCCGGUAGAUUUUCUCCUGGUUCCUUUUGCUCAUCUAGACUCAUCCGGGCAGCUAGAUUUAGAGAUUUGUAUAUGGAGCCCGACGGAGCCUGGAUCAGAGUGAGCUCUUUAGAUGUAACAUAGCAGCUUUGUUUGUACAAUUGUAUUUGUCAGAAUGUAGUAAUAUGUUAUUAAUCAACAUAUUUGGGAGUUUAUUGAUAAAAGGAAUGAAGGAAAAUUAUUGAUCAUA